GCAGUGGGAUGGUCCUAAGGAAGUGAGCAGAGCUGUUCCAUGGAGGAAAAUCUGGAAGGAAGCCAGAGCUGGAACAAAGAGCCUGUCCUAGGAAAACGCACGAUCUGGAAAAGCGGCUCGCAUGUACUUUGUAAUAGCCUUAUGCACAGGAAAACACCGGCAGCAUUAACGGCUUGGAUGUCCGUUUUUCAGGCAUAGCCCGUUUGUCUUGUCCGGGCUGUCGGUGUUGGCUCUCGAGCUGCGGCCGCCCACCUUGUGAGCUCGCUUGCUAGCCGGCCGCCUGCGCAGCGCCUCGGUGCACGUCACCCUCCGGAGCUCCGCCAUCCCGGAGCGGAAACCCCUCCCGAAACUGGGCUCCGUCAGCCUCGGGAACCCGUCGAGUGGAGAGGAAAAGGGGGAGAGAGAGAGAGGGACGUCGGCUUGAUACAAACAAGGCACCAGGAAGCGCGGAGAAGCGACGAAAGAGGAGAGAAAGGGCGGCGUGGGGGCGCCGAUCGAGGACUGGAGCAUUGGGCGAUUGCGGGUGAUCCGCGGCAGUCCGGCCAAGGACUUUAUCACACCUUUUUCGUGUUUUUUUUUUAUUUUUUUUUUACUGAAACUGCAACAUCCACCCGACAUUGGGCUAACGCUCGGCUCGGUACUCAGAACCUCGGACCAGAUGACUCCCUGAAACCCGAAUCAGCUGGCCGAUCUUCCCCCACGUGCAGGACAUGCUGCCCUGAAGCCUCCACCUGACGACCCUGUGAAGAUCGCGAGCCUUUGAGUGAAGAUGGGAUUCGGGCGAGACCUGCGCAGCUGCCACGACGGCCUGGUCAAGCUUCAGGACUGGGAGCUGAAGUUGCUGGAGAUGGUGAAGCGCUUCAUGACGCUGAGGGUGAAGAGCGACAAGGAGUACGCCUCGCUGCUGCUGAACAUCAGCCAGCACGUGGAGCGGCACGACGGCGCCAGCCAGGCCGAUUACAUCAGCACCGUCUCCAAGUCCUGGGCUCACAUGGUGCAGCAGACGGAGCAGCUGAGCAGGAUUAUGAAGUCGCACGCCGAGGAGUUGAACUCUGGACCCCUGCACCGGCUCACGCUGAUGAUCAAGGACAAGCAGCAGGUGAAGAAGAGCUACCAGAGCAUCCACCAGCAGAUCGAGGCCGAGAUGACCAAGGUUACAAAGAACGACCUGGAGAAGUUGAAAAGCAUCUACAGGCAGUUAACAAAGGAUGCCAACUGUGCCAAAGAGAAAUACAAAGAGGCCAUUCUGAAAGAGGAAUAUCUGAAAACAUCAGGUAAGGAGCCGGAGAAGGCACGGGAGCGCUAUGAUAAAGCGACCAUGAAGCUGCACAAUCUGCACAACCAGUACGUGCUGGCAGUGAGGAGCGCGCAGCUGCAGCAGGAACAGUACCAUGACAGCACACUGCCGCUACUGCUGGACUCACUGCAGAAGAUGCAGGAGGAGAUGAUCAGCGCACUGAAGGCAGUUCUGGAGGAAUACAGUGAAAUCACCAGCCUCUUAUCUGACGAAAUCGUCAAGGUGCAUAAAGAGAUUCACACAUCCAUAGAACAGAUAGACCCGUCGUCAGAGUAUGAUAACUUCAUCGAAACUCACAGGUCUCAAGAGCUUAAAGAGCCCAACGUCGAAUUCGACGUGUCGUUAUUAGAGGAGACCGAGAAUCUCCAUGCCAAUGAGAUUCAGUGGAACAAUUUAACGGCAGACAGCUUACAAGCUGUGUUGAAGUCCACGUCUGACGAGCUGGUCCUCACACAGCAGAGCCUCCACACCAAAGAGGACCUCAUGCAGGACCUGGAGAGUAAGAUCGAGGAAUCUGCCAAGACUUGUGAGAAGAAGUCAGACAUGGUGCUGCUCCUGGGCCAGAAGCAGGCGCUAGAGGAGCUCCGGCAGACAGUGCAGCUGCUGCGCUGCAGUGAGGCCAAGCUGACUGCGCAGAAGGAGCUGCUGCAGCAGAAGAUGCAGGAGAAUGAGGGCAAGGAGCCCCCGCCCGUUGUCAACUAUGAAGAAGACGCGCGCUCCGUCAACUCCAUGGACAAAGGCAAAGACCGCGUGUCAAAAUUCGACACGUUGCGCCUCUCCAUUGCCGGCAUCAUUCGCUCCCCGAAGUCGGUCCUGGGCACGUCUUCAUUCUUUGACGUGAUACAGACGAGCGACAAGCCUCUGAGCGAGCAGGAGUGGUACCACGGCGCCAUCCCCAGGGUGGAGGCGCAGGAGCUCCUGAAGCAGCAGGGCGACUUCUUGGUGCGGGAGAGCCAUGGCAAGCCCGGGGAGUACGUGCUCUCCGUCUUCUCCGAUGCACAGCGGCGUCACUUCAUCAUCCAGUUCGCCGACAAUCAGUACCGUUUUGAAGGCACCGGAUUCCCCACAAUCCCUCAGCUUAUAGAACAUCAUUACACAUCCAAGCAAGUCAUCACCAAGAAAUCGGGCGUGGUCCUCCUGAACCCAGUUGUCAAGGACAAGAAGUGGAUACUGAAUCACGAAGAUGUCAUAUUGGGAGAGCUUCUGGGCAAGGGGAACUUUGGAGAAGUAUUCAAAGGGACGCUGAAGGACAAAACUCCCGUGGCGGUGAAGACCUGUAAGGAGGACCUGCCCCAGGAGCUGAAGAUCAAGUUCCUGUCCGAAGCCAGGAUCCUUAAGCAGUAUGAUCAUCCAAACAUCGUGAAGCUGAUCGGCGUCUGCACGCAGCGGCAGCCAAUUUACAUCGUCAUGGAGCUCGUUCCAGGGGGCGACUUCCUGUCAUUUUUACGUAAGAAGAAGGAAGACUUGAAAACGAAACAGCUGGUGAAGUUCGCUUUAGACGCCGCUGCGGGGAUGGCAUACCUGGAACUGAAGAACUGCAUCCAUAGGGACCUCGCUGCAAGGAACUGUCUAGUGGGAGACAGCAACCUCCUGAAGAUCAGCGAUUUUGGGAUGUCGAGACAGGAAGAUGAUGGGAUUUACUCAUCAUCUGGCCUAAAGCAGAUUCCCAUCAAGUGGACCGCGCCUGAGGCGUUAAAUUACGGGAGAUACAGUUCAGAAAGCGACGUUUGGAGCUACGGGAUCCUCCUGUGGGAAACGUUCAGUUUGGGAGUCUGUCCCUACCCAGGAAUGACCAAUCAGCAGGCCCGGGAACAGGUGGAAAAGGGUUACCGGAUGUCCUGUCCCCAGAAAUGCCCUGAGGAGGUCUACAAAAUCAUGCAGAGAUGCUGGGAAUACAAACCGGAGAACCGGCCCAAGUUCGCUGACAUACAGAAAGAACUGGCCGCCAUAAAGAAGAAGUAGGAGCAGGGUAAUGGGUGACGGCAGACCGCUAGGAGCUCAUCCCCCACUCCUUGGGUCUUCGUUCUUAUUGCCAGGACCCUGUGCCAUCGAAUGGUCAGCCAGGAGCCACGUCAUGUCUGAACUGCGGUCCACAUAUCUGCUUUCCUUUCAAAGCGCAAAGGGGAUCCCGCUCAUCAUACUGCCAAAUAUCCCAGAAUUCCUUGCGGAUUUCCCGUCCUUCAGCUCUUCAGACUAUAAGUACUUUUACCGACUCCUGAAGCAUACCACCUGCCAGCAGCGACGCCCCCUGGUGGCGGGGCCUCACUCAUAUCUCUUGGUAGAUCUGUGUCAUUCCCGCCACAAUGUGUACACCUGAUCUCUGCAUCUCCCAUCAAGAGGGUUUGCUGAAACACUGAUCAGCCCACGGUCUGGCUGCUUCACCGCCACCCCCCCGUCUGAAAAUGAGUCAUCCGGUCAGGUGGUGUACUGGAGAAGCUGUGACACCGCUCCUUUACAUUCAGGUUUCUUGAAUCCACCGCACAGUCUUGAGUGUUUGUUUGGCUCCACAUCGACAUGUUUAAAAAAAAAAAAACAAUCAGCUUCUAAAAAAACAAUCAUGCAACUAAGUUAUUGCAGUUACAUGAAAACAUCCCGGAAAAGACUCUGAAGAAAGCGAAAAGAAGGAGAGAGUGUUUGAGGCUUGUCUGCUCUGAUGCAAAUCAAAAUGUGCUCUGAUGUGUUUUAUGCUAGGACGAAUUGGUUACAGUUUACAUUUUUGGGCUUGUAUGCUGCACAGUCAGGACUGUGAAAGCCUGAAAAAGUCCAUUUUUCAAGAGUGAUAUAAAAGGUGAUAUGUUUGAGGAUUGGCCGAAAUGUGAAUAUCCAUCAGACACAGUUACUGACAAAAUAAGAAAAGAAUCCUAAGAAACACAAGGUGAAACUGACUUGACUCAGACAGGCUUGCUGCUGUGAUAUGUCUGUUAAAAGAGAUCAUUUGUAUUUUAAAAUAUGUCACGGUAGCUGAGAGGACAUCUUGAUUUUGGUUUAUGUACAUUCCAGCUGUAAAGAUAAUGGCGUAACUGUUUUGCCAGCCUGUCUCAGCUUUAAACAGCUCCCUCACAGACAGUGUUUCCCCUAUCUGUUUUGUACACCUCAUCCUAUUCUGACAUUAUAUGCAAAUGUUGUAUCCCACCCUGCUGUAAAUAGAAAACAUGACUUGUCUGGCCGAUUUAAUGACUGUAAACAUUUCCUGGUUUGGUGGCUUGAGGGCAGAAGGAACAAUGAUUGGUUCAGAGAGAGAACCAGUUAGAUUAUAGAUGAGGUGGGUCCAAGCAACUACAGGAUGUGGGAUCAUGACAUCUGAUUGGUUUGUUCCUGCCGCUUCUAGUUUCUUGGACCCAUCUCCUGUAGAAUCUGAUUGGUUAUCUCCCUGGACCAAUAAUUUUUCCUUCUCCCUUCAGAACAUUUUUGUUUAAGUAAAACUCCAAUGAGCGUUUAGGUGGCAUGUGAAAAUCAUCAUCAUUUAGGAUGAUGUCUUAAUUUCCCCUGAUGCGUGCAGCUUGAAAGGACAAAAGUUAACUUUUGUAGGGUGAUGAAAAGAUACUUCUAAUUUAAUUAAUUAGCUUUACAUGGAUUGAGUCCUAAUGUCCUACACAUUUGCUAUCCAACCUGUAGCUAUUAAAAGCCAUUCGCUGUAAUGUCUUUUUUUGAGAUGCAGGGCUGUGAAAACACAAACCAAAAAAAGGUUUCACUUCCAUGGGUCUCAUGACCAGUGGGUGACCCCGGGCUGAAAUUUCACUGUAAACGUUUCUCCUGUAUAUAGAUUAUAUGUUGAAAUAAAAGCACAAACCAGUAAGGUCGACCUGUGAUGGGUUUUUAGUGGAAUUACCCCAGAAAUGGUUUCCUUCCCGACUGCCAUGGAGUAUAACAGAAAGUUUGCCAGUCAGAGCAGACAGACAUUUUAGCCAUGCAACAUAUCAACACGGAUACAGGAAUGACCUCAGCUGCCAGGAAAAUGUUGCAUUAAAGUCAGUGAUUUAAUAACAAUCCAUUGUGUCUGUGUACUAACAGGAGAGCAUUUUACUAUUACUGCCUCAUGUUUCAUAAGUCCGGGGCCAAUGACACUUUGCAGCCAAUAUAAAUAUUUGUAUAUGUGUAAACCUCAUAGAUCCUGUAGUUGGUUUUAAAAUAUGUAGGUUAAAUAUUAUCCUAAUAGAUUUCUAUCAUGUUUCAGCUUUUUUUUUUUUUACUAUGGGUUUUUUCUUUAAACUGUCCAAAAUAUCAGACGGUGACAUUGACAAGGACCAUCUGUAAUAAAAAAUGUAGUGAGAUGAAGUGAAUGCAGAGCGACUUGUCUGCAGUGUAAUGUUUGACAUACUGUCUCAGCAUACUGAAUGUAAGCACUUUUACAGUAUCUGUACCCUUUGACCAAUUUAUCACAGCCAUAUACAUACUAAUUACAUUGGGAGUGCCAUUAAACAAUAAAAGAAUCUAACCAGUACAGCAUUUAUGUCUACAGGUGUAUACGGAAAUGCUGUGCUCUUUUCUUCCACGAUUAUGUUGUAAACUUGUGAGCACAAGAAGGGCGUGAAACCGUUAUCUUUUACUUGCAAUGAUCCCGUCAAAUGCAACUCGUCCGGUGAAUGCAUUGCUGACUGGCUGUGUUGUUUAACAUACAAUGUUUUUCAGACAAAUGCAGGUGUUUUUUUAUUGCAUUAUUUAUUUUGGAAUAAAAUGGUGGUUACCAACGUUAAUUGGAUGACAGGUGAAAUGUCUUACAGUAGAUAAGAAUUUGCACAAGGACACCAUGAAUUGGGAUAGUCACGACUGGUCUGACAUCUCUGCUGGCUUCUGGGUGAUGCUUGAGCUUUUAAAAUAAAGGCAUUUUAAAGUUCUCGGUAAAACGUUAGAAUUGCACUCAGAUUGCUUUAGAGUUUAUAAAGCGUUUUCUUUUCGGUAAGAUGGUGCUUUGCGUCAGAGUACUCAGUCCUGUGGUUUCAAAGCACUACUGCUUGGAGCAUAAAUGCUUUUACUGCUUUACAAACGUCACCUUUCACUUAUUUACUUUAUGUAUCUUUCACACCAAUAAGAUAAAUAUCAGAAAUAUAUAACUACUGUUAUAUAUGCUUUUGACUAAACUCUUCAUCAGCUACGUUGUCAGGAUUGUUCUGAUAAUUAUUUUAUUCUACUCAUUCUGCUGGUGGCCACUAAUACGAUUCAGUCUAAUCCAAAUUACUUCUGUUUAUACUGUACCAGGAUUGAUACAGAUUAAAAUGCAGCUAGCACCAUUCCCUACAAUAUUAUUACGGCAUGUAUGGUAAUCUUCCCAAAUAAAGUCUUGCUGUUGAUUUUAGACUCGCAGGUCUUUACUUUAUAUGGUCUUUACUUUAUAGUGCUGUCAUUAAUGCUUAAGUAGCUCUUGAUCCUUCCUGUAAUUUGUCAAAGUUGUAUUUGACAAGCGUGGCAUAUAUGCGCUUAUAGACCUGUAGCAGCCUCAAAAAUAACCAAAUAGUGCUGUACUAUCAAUGAGGCACUUUAUUAAGUUUUGUGUGCAGGCUUCUGGGGCGUAAAGCCUCCUUUUCAUUCCCCCGUGUGCUGAUGCAGGAGACUGCAGAGAGAAAACAGGCUGUUUUGCUGUGAAAAUUGGAUGGUUGUAAUAAGUAGGUAUGUUAUCUUUUUAUGUAGUACUGAAUUCGUGACUCCUGAAUUCACUGUGAUAGAGACCCGUUAGGGUCCCACAAAGCUGUGUUGAGAUUUACUGUAAGUUCGAGAUCGAGUACUUACUUUAGGACCUGUUGCCAAAUAAUUCAAAGAAAACUUAGGUACAGAGACCCUUUCAUGUAACAGUGCACUUUUUACAGGCCUUCAGCUAUAUUUUAUGGUGAGGAAGAUUUUCAGAAGAAUAUUAUGCAUCCAAUAUCCUUGAAACUGACCUGUCAACAUAAGCGUUUCAUUUAAUUGUGGGGGGGAUGUUAUCAGUAAAAAAAUUUCUCACCAGAUCCGUGAGUUUGUUCAUCGUUGACAUUUGAACUGUGGAAUGGGGUCUCAUUUCACACCCUUAUCCCCACGGGCACAUCUAGCAUGUGGUGCUUGGUCCAGCAGCCGAAGGCACGGCCCCUGUGUGUGAUUCGCAUAUCGAGUAGAUGGUUCCGGGCUGGGGGGCCUUGCGGGGGAAGGCGUUUAGAGGAAAAUGGCAUGGAAACCUGCUUCUUGUGCUGUAAUCCGGGGAUGUUACUUUCUAUCGAGCUCUCUCUUGCGUCCACUUCCCUACUGUAGUGCAACUUCGAUUUAAAGAGAACAAAACACUGUUGAUUUAAGUGCAAUGCAUGGGUUUUUUUAUUUAUUUAUUUUUUAAACAUAUCCAGAUGACAAAACAUAAUAUCACUCGGGACAUAGUAGGAAUAAUGUAAUUUUCUUAAUUACCCUUAUUUUAUAAAAUUUAACCGGCACUUGUGUGUAAUGUCCCUUAAGCAUGUUUUCUUUAAUCAUCAUGGAGAUUCAGUCUAAGGGUCCUUCUUGUAGCCACACUAUUCCAUUUUUUUCUUGAGGGAAAUUGACGGUAGGGAAGAUGUACAUAUGUUUAUUUGAUAAGGUUUUUCAGUGUUUCUUUUUUCCUCCCUACACCAGCUGAAUCUGAAUGUCCUUUAAUAUCUUUCCAACAUUUUUGGCAAAAAAAGAAAAACCAUAGUGCAUUGUUCAGAUGUCGGCCUACUAUGGUUUGUGGAAAUAUGAAGCCAAGCAACUAAUUUUGUUGUUUGGGUCCAGAGCCACAACAGUAUAAGAAUAAUUUAACUGUUAAUGUCGUUGAUAUAACAAACUGGUUUUGGCCACUAAGGGUAUGCAUGCAUUAGAGGACUCCCUGCAUUAUGUUUGUCAUGCAUACUACCGCUUCUCAGGCUAAUGAGGCAUGUCAGUGACGAGGCAGUCACUGCAGUUACGUAGCUUUAAGGUAGACACGUUUUACCACCCUUUCAUGUUGCUCAGCGAUGACGUAUGACUAUAUUGUCAAUUUGAGAGACUAACAUUCGUUACAAGACUUGUCACCUUGGUUCACAAACACCAACUUGCUGUUAUUUAGUUUCCAGAAGUAAAAGCGUAACAAUUUGAUGCUGAAAAUUCCAAGUUGAUACUGACACUCUCUACACUCCGUUACAAUUCACUGUUAAACAUUGCUGCCUUUUUAAAAAUGUAAUUGUAUUAAAUAUUUUCUGAAGCUAUUUUCAGAUGUCAUUUUUCUUAAAUACUAAUCUUUUAAAAAAAACACUAAUAUGGUUUUUACACGCUUUCCUAGUGCUGUCAAACUUCCUGCUCAUUUUCUCCAUGAUGAAUAAUUGAAUGGACAGUAUGUAUUAAAGAAUAUUUGACAUGCACAUCCUUGUUCUAGUUGGAUGAAUGAGAGGCACAAUCACUUUUGGGGGAAUAUAAUGAUUUAUUCUUAUUGGUUUUACUGAGAUUUUAUGCUGUAUUUCAAUCCCUUUUAAAAUUAAAAACUGAUAGACACAUUUGAUAUCACCUGCCUGUGAGUGAAAACAAUUGUGGACAAUACCAGAAACCACUAAAUAAAUAUCACAAUCUUUCAGUUUUAACAUUUUCCCAAUUUGUAUUCAUAGCCUUUUGUAUUACUUUGUACAAUUUCUCUUGUUGUUAAUCUAUUAAAGUAUUUGCCACUA